AUGGCUACUCGCUGGCUUGCAGCAGGCUUUCGAGGUGCCAGCUUUGCUGUGACGACGCCUUCGGGGCGCAAGCUGCCAAAGAGACCAAAGAAUCUCGGCAAGAAGCAGGAGUACGAUGUGCCUGGAACGCUGUAUCAAGGCGGCCGGCGAGGUAUCCAGUUCUUCCUCGGAGACAUGGUCGAAGUGCAGCGAGAUGGAACGUGGGUCACUGCGCGAGUGUCCCGUGCACCGACGGAUGAGCGGCCCAACGACGGCUCCUUCCGUGUCAAAUUCGACAUGGAUGCAUAUGAGAUGAAGUGUUGGUACCGUGAUCUCAGGAAGCCGAAGAAUCCGGACAAAGUGCCGAUGCCCGACUGGGUACAGGAUUGGUGGCCGGAGGAGCCAGCGCCAGAACCUGACUACGUUGGGAAUGAGUCUGACCCAGAGCUCAACUUUGUUAUCAAGGGCCCUUUUCCCAAAGAGUACACAGAAGAGGAGAUGUUCUGGAGGCAAGGACCUCCCCAGAAUGCCUUUGAGAUCUCCGAUGAGGAGAGACAGCAGGAUGCAGAGAGAUGGGCUGACUUCAACAAGAAGGAGGCCGAGCGCAAGCGCUUAGAGGAGGAGCGCCGAAAGGCUUUUGAGGAAAGUGAACGCCAGUGGGCCGAGGAGGAGGCCAAGAAGAAAAAAGCCCAGAAGGUUGCCGAGAAGAAGACCCGGGUGAAGGAUCCGGAAGAGGAAGAGGAUGAUUAUGACGAUGAGGAAGAAGAAGAUGACGAGGAGGAGGAGGACGACGAUGAGGAAGAAGAGGAGGAAGUAGCGCAAGACAAGGAUGCUUUGGAGAAGUGCACCGUCUUUGAGCUCAAAGAAAUGUUGCGCAAGAAAAACCUUCCGGUUUCCGGACGGAAAGCAGAAUUGAUCGAGCGAUUACUGGGCAGCAACUGA